ACGCUCUUUAAUUUGGCCCCCCCACCCCCGACACACACACACACACACACACACAAAAAAAAAAAAAAAACAACCAGCAGCACAGGAAACAAAACUCAGCCCGGAGUUUCUCUGCAGACAUAACUGAAGCCUGACUCAUACACCCUCUCUUUCUCUCUCUUUAUUCCUGACAACAAGCAUCUGUGUGUGAGCUUCUCGCUGCCUGGGCUAUGUGUGAAUCUGGAAAGCAGUGUCCUGAAGGGGAAAGCUGCGGGGCACGCGUGGAUCAGCUCAAGAGACUCAUCUGGCUGCUGAUGAUCUGGGUCUCGAUCCUUUCUCUGGGCCUGGGAGCCUCCAUCGCUCUCCACAUCAUCCUCCGUCAGGGAUCCAGCACGACAGUAACGAUUCCGUCUAAACCCGUCGAAAGCACGGCCAGCACACGCUCUCAACUCACUUCAUACGUCUUUGACAGGAAUAUAAACCAGCAACAUGAACUCAAACUGCAGUGGCGGAAACGAGAUGAAGACCAAGGAGAUACGGCGGUAAAAAUAGAGGAGGACGGGAAUUAUUUCCUCUUCCUCAGAGUAACCCUGCAGUCGCAGAAUAAAGGUGUGAAUUACACGGUCACGGUUAUAAAGACACCAGAGGGUAACAAUCCCACAAAUAUCACUGUGGGACAUAUCAACGCAACAGAGAACUCGACUGGAUUCAUCGGUAUAGGAGCGCGUCUAAGUAAAGAUACGUUGAUAAACGUUAUCUGCAACCCCAAGGCGAAUUUCGAUGUAGAUAACACUUACUUGGGCCUGAUCAAAUUCUGAUUCGUCGUACUUCCUGGAUGUAUCUUCAUGGGGGUAGUUUACAUGUCCACAGGAAAUCAUUUGUUCAUUAUUAUUAUUAUUAUUAUUAUUAUUAUUAUUAUUAUUAUUACUAUUAUUAUUAUUACCAUGGCGAUCAAUUAUGGAGAAUGAGAUAACAAUUUUGACUUGCUGUUGACUGACUGGAUUCGAACUGGUUUGAAUGCGAGACAUUUCCAACACAGCCACCUUUUCACCCAAAAUAAAUAAAUAAAUAAAUAGAUCACAUUACUUCAUAAUGUUUAACGAAGGCGCAGCAUUGCCAUGAAGCUCUCCGGAACGGUUUGCUUUUUUUUUCCCCCAUAUCUCCGUGUUCAAGCUUGUUUUCCCUCAUCAAGCCUGUAGCCCUAUUUGGACAGCAUUGGAUGUUCGAUGGGAGCUCCGGAAACUCCAUCCUUAAGAGGUGCAAGUCUGCGAUUUUCACAUGGCCUUAGAAAUUGUAUUCUCAUCCCGACCGACACGCCUGUGGUUUUCACAAGCCGAUCUCGACUGCUGCUACAUGCUUUAGACGUCUUUGCGUAUACAUAGAACACUUUCAGCAGCCACAAAUUUAAAAAAAAAAAAAAAAAAAAUGGAUUCUUGGAGAGGUUCUCUCUUAUUUACUGUUUAUUUACAUUUUUUACUUUAUCUCCAUGUUGUGUUCACGAAUAAAAUGAUGUCAGUCAAAUGAGCUACAGGUGUAAAGCCUUGUCCGUGUAGGCUAAUAACCUGCUGGAUGCUUUUAUUUUAAAGAAUUUAUCAUUUGUGUUUCUACUGGUUUUUAUUACACUUCCCAGCCAUAUCAGUGUGUAUUUAGGAGUGCAAAAUACACAGAAUUCAGCACUACCCGCCUUUUUUUUUUGUUAUUAUUAUUUUUUUUUUACCUGUAACCUAGUAGUCCAUAAUAUAGAAUUCAUCAGAAUAAAUUUUGUCUAAAUUAAGUAGGUUUUUUUUUUUUUAACCUAACUUUUUUAUUAUUAUUAUUAUUAUUAUUAUUAUUAUUAUUAUUAUUAUUAUUUUAAUUCCCUCUGCAUGUGCAAUGUGUUUCAAAUUUCUUCAAAAUGAACAUAUUUUGUCUUCACGGUUACUUCCGUGUUAUCGUGUAAUUAAUUAACGUACUGUACAUACUUUCUCUGUUCAUUUUUAUUAUUAUUUUUUUUAUUUCUUUAGUUAUAUGCACUGAUUUGUACUGGUAGCAAAACCAGCGCUGUUCCAGGUUAUUACGUACGUCAAAGUAAUAGCAAAGCUAAUGGUUUUAGGUUUAUUAAAACCUUGAGUGCUAAUGUCUGUAUAUAUCUGAAUUCUUUUUUUAAUAUUAUGUUUUGCUUAAUUUAUUUUUAGUUCAUUAAUAAUGCCGAUCAUUCAAAAUGUACAUACUAGGAUUUUUUUUUUUUUUUUUAAACUAUUCCAUCGUGUUGAUAUGAAUGUAUUACUGUUAAGAGCUGAGUACAAGUUACUUAUCUUGUUGCACAUUAUGAAUGUAAGUCCUUUUUCAUUUUAACGAAUGAAAAAAAUGAUUAAAAACGAUAGUACAACCUACGGCAUGUUGGCACUUUGUCUCUGAGCACUUUCUUUUUUCUUUUUCUUUUCUAUGUUCUUUUACAUUUAGAUAUACUGCAUCAUAAAAUCUUUGGUAUAUUUAAGUGCGUUUGGCUUAAAGAAAUUGAUUUAUCGACUUAAAAAUUUUGAGUUAACUAGUUUCAGGUCAUUUUUCUUUCAUCUCGCAACUGUUUUCAACAUGGAUAAUAAUAAAUGUUUCUUGAGCAGCAAAUCAGCAUAUUCGAAUGAUUUCUGAAGGAUCAUGUGACACUGGAGACUGGAGUAAUGAUGCUGAUUAUUCAGCUUGGGUCACGUGAAUAAACUGCAUUUUAACAAUAUAUCCAAAUAGAAACGUUAUUUUUAAUAAUUGUAAAAAAAUAUUUCACGACAUCACUGUUUCUGCUGUAUGUUGGAUCAAAUAAACGCAGCCUUGGUGAGCAGGAGAGAUUUUACCCAUCUGAAACUUUUGAAUGGUAGUGUAGGUCUAAUGUUUUUAAGGAAAGUCUUUAUGUAAAGAAAAUGUAUAUUCAGAUGCCUUCUUUUAACUUCAACUUGAUUUUGUGAACGAGCUACGAACAAUAUAUUCAAUCAAGAAGUUCCUACAUUCACAUUCCUCAUUGAUAGGCCCAGGGGAGGGGUCUCUGUCUGCUCAGGUGUGAAUCACAUCAAUAUUCAUAAUAAUUCACACCAAAUGGUCUGCACUUAUAUAGCGCUUUCAUCCAAAGCGCUUUACACUGUGUCUCAUUCACCCAUUCACACACACCAAUGGUAGCAGAGCUGCCAUGCAAGGCGCUAACUUGCCAUCGGGAGCGACUCGGGGUUCAGUGUCUCGCCCAAGGACACUUCAGCACGUGGAGUCACGUGGGCCGAGAAUCGAACCUCCGACCCUACGAUCAGUGGACGACCCGCUCUACCACCUGAUCCACAGCCGCCCAAUACCACCUCGCAUACAGCCUUUCUGACACGAAAAAGUGUCUUACAAAAGUUAAACGACUAUAUUGUUUUGUAUGAAUGAGUGAUCAGGAUGGAUUUCACAUCAUCAUGUAGCGAACCAUGUCUACAAUAGGCUACAAGAUCCGGUUCUCAAAAGUCUUGUGAACAAACGUUUAGUACGUGUUAUAUGGGCUUGUUUCAGUGACUUUUUUGUUGUUGUUUUUUUUCAAAAACCUUUUUUGUUUUCUCAAAAAUACAAAACAUGUACAUGCACGCCGCUCACGUAUUACUGUAGCCCUGUUUGUGGUGAAGACAGUGUAAGCAGACUUCAGCCAUUCAUAUGUUUAUAAGCAACUGAAAAAAAGCACAAAUAUCAAGGCAUGUCAAAACUUCUCCAGGGCCCAAAACACCCUCAGACCCC